AUGACAUUGGUGCAAAGCAAGACCAUUGGCGGGAGUUUUUUUGUUACUAUCUACUGGCUGUUAUGGAAACGGAGAAAUGAGAAAGUUUUUGAGAAUACUGAAGCGGAAGUGACCACUAUUGUUUAUAAAAUAAAAGCAAUUAUUGGGAGUUUUAACUCAGCUGCGACAAACCUAAAUGGUAUCUCCAUGGGAGGACAAACCCAACGGCCAAAGGAACCCAUUUAUGCCCUUCCUGAAGGGUGGGUUGAGAUAUUUGUGGAUGGAGCUUAUUCGAUAACCAACAACAAAGUAGGCAGUGGGGGCCUCAUUAAAGCAGGUGAUAGGAAUAUGGUUGAAGCUUUCAUGUUGAAUGUACUAAACAGUGACCCCUUGGGUUCUGAACUCUGGGCGUGUAUCAUGGGGUUUCGAUGCGCAUGGGAUGGUGGUUAUCGCAAAGUGCGCCUGAGGAGCGACUCUCUUGAAGCGUUGGAGCUGAUAAAGGCAAGGGGUAGUGAUAUCCAUAUUCACUAG